AAGUUUCCUGGUGCCUUUUCUAUUCCACCUUAUGAAACUUUUUCCUCGGCGUGGUCUCACCCGCGAUUUAAGGCAUAGGUGUCGCCGAGCCUGGAGACUGGGAGUCGCCGGGCGUGCGGGGGAGAGGCCUGGGCCGCGCCGCGGCGGGGGGCGGAGGGAGAGGGCAGGCUAGGCGGGAAGGUGGGCUCUGGCCGCCGGGAGCCGGGGACCGAGUCCCUGCCGCAGCUUCUAGCGGGGAGCAGCCGGGAGGAGGGGGCCGCCGGCCGGGGAGGGGGCGCCACACCAUGCCCAAAGUCUUCCUGGUGAAGAGGAGGAGCCCGGGGGUCUCCGUCCGCAGCUGGGAUGAGCUCCCGGAUGAGGAAAGGGCAGACACCUACAUCCCAGUGGGCCUGGGCCGUCUGCUCCACGACCCCCCCGAGGACUGCCGCAGCGACGGCGGCAGCAGCAGCAGCGGCGGCAGCAGCAGCGCGGGGGAGCCUGGAGGCGCCGAGAGCAGCUCGUCCCCGCGCGCCCCCGAGCGCGAAAUCCCCGAGCCCGGCGAAGCCGAGGGCCCGGGCGGGCACCUGGCGGCGAUGCAGCGCCCGGUCGCCAGGUCGAAAAUCAAGUUCACCACAGGCACGUGCAGCGACCCCGCGGCCCACAGCUGUGAGCUGUGCGGCAAGGCCUUCCGCCUGCAGCGCAUGCUCAACCGCCACCUCAAGUGCCACAACCAGGUGAAGAGGCACCUGUGCACCUUCUGUGGCAAGGGCUUCAAUGACACCUUCGACCUGAAGAGGCACGUCCGCACGCAUACAG